AUGGAUCCGGAAAAUACUGGAUCAAAUCCUCUGGAUUCCAUUAUUGGCAAGUUGUAUGUGUUCAGAUUAGAAACAGAAAACAUCCGACAAAGAGGAACAAGGGGCGAGCCCACCGUGGACGAACCGAAAACAAAUGAAAACUACGAAAACAGCACCAAGACCUCCGAGGAUCAAAGCGGCAGCAAAACCAAAGGGAGGAGGCCGAGGAGGAUAGCGACAGCGAGACGCGGCCUCCGCUCGUUGGCCAUAGCCGUGGCGCUCCCUCUGUCCCUCCACCUCGCCGCGGUUGUGUUUCUCCACGUGGCCUCAGCCAAGCACCCCACGUGGUUCCGAUCCCUGGCUUUGGAGGCGGUCUUCGUGGGCCUGCCCGCCCUCAUGGGCUUCUGCGCCUGGCUGUUUUGGGUCGACGGUGGCUUUCACCGUCGGCCCAUGGCGUUGGCGUUCUUUCUGAGCUACCUUGCUUUGAGCCUGGCGUGGGACCCGAUUGUUUUCGGGUUGGGUGCGCCUUGGGUCGGGUUGGUCGUGAGCUGGGCGAUGCUGGGGGCUUUGAUUGCGUGUCAUAUGAUCUUCAAGGAGGCGAAUCCGAUUGCGGGGGAUCUGGUGGCUGCUUCCAUGAUAUGGGCUGUGUUUGUGAUUUGUUUGAAUCUUAAGCUUUUGUUGUGGUGA